GAGGCCAUGGCCGCCGCCUUCCUGCCCGGCAACCUGCAGGACGAGGCCACCUGCUCGGUGUGCCUCGAGUUCUUCCGCGACCCCGUGUCCAUCGAGUGCGGCCACAACUUCUGCCGCGCCUGCAUCGCCCAGAGCUGGCGGGACCUGGAGGCCGAUUUCCCGUGCCCGCAGUGCCGGGAGGUUUUCCCGCUCCGCAGCUUCCGGCCCAACCGGCCGCUGGCCAACAUGUCGGAGAUCAUCGCGCAGCUGGCGCGGCGCGGGGCGCGGGAGGCCGAGGCGGGCGGGCAGUGCCCGCGGCACCGCGAGGCCCUCAAGCUCUACUGCAAGGACGACGCCAGCCCCAUCUGCGUGGUGUGCGACCGCUCCCGCGAGCACCGGCCCCACGCCGUGGUGCCCGUCGACGAGGCCUCCGAGGAGUACAAGGUGGCCCUACGUCCGUCUGGCCCUCCCUCUGAGCAGAUCCUGCUGGGGCAGCUGGAGAAGAUGGAGAAGAACAUCUCCAGGAGGCAGAACGAGAACAUCAGCGAGCUCUCCAAGGAGAUCACGCUCCUCAACAAGCUCAUCACCGAGCUGGAGGAGAAGAUCCAGCAGCCCGUGCUCGAGUUCCUCAAGGACGUGACGGGCGUCAUCAGCAGGUAG